CGUCGACACUAAUUCUAAUUUUACUUUUACUUAGUCACUUGGCCAGACCUUUUAAUUCCUCCGGUUGAAGUUUGUGUCCCUUUCCUCUUGCUUUUAUUUUUCCUACCCUCGUCAGUUGCAUUUCGUGCCUGUGGAUUAUUGUUAGUUUGUUUCUCGCUCUCUCUUCCACUCUUUUGGAACGAUUUGGUUUUUGUUGUAUUGUUUUCUUUUUUUUGGUGAACCCAACCCCUUACGAUUCCUUUGGUUUGUUGUUUUUCUUGGACUUGUAUAUUUAUUAUUUUUUAUUUAUUUUCAUACCACAGUCUCUACUACUGUUUAUGUCAUGAUCUUGUCUUUUCCCCGGUCCUUCAACAUACUCCCUGAAACCCGACUGUAAUCCAACGUCAUGGGAGAUAUCACGGGAACCGAGUCACCUGCGCCGGAAGCAUCCCAACCAUUGCUACGCUCCUCGUUGGAUCAUCAUUCCAAUCCCAUGUCCGCUAGCGAUCUUACCGAGGAACAGCUCGAGCAGCAACGCCAACUCCGCCAGCAAAAACGUGCCUCUCUCCCCGCCCGUCCCCAUGGGGCCGCACGCCAUAAGAAGCGCUUGACCCUGAACUUUCCCAUCAACGUACCUCCCCUGACUACUGCCCUGGAUUCAAACGUGGCUGAGCCCAGUUCCAUGACGCCUGUGACUCGCCCCUCGACUCGACACUCUCAUAUCCCCGCCGUCGGCACCCCCGUAACCUUCGACGACCACGACGACGGGUCCGGUCUCCUGACCGCCAUUGCCUCGCAGGAACGGAAAGUGCUGGAGCUCCGCGAGGAGCUUCAACGGGCUGAAACAGAGCUGGACUCGUUGAAAAGGCAAUGGGAGGCAUCGGAAAAAACCAAGAAACGCAUCGAUAUCAGCCAUCGUGCUGAACCGCUGAUCCCUCUGCGAUCCCCCGACCGGCCCGGCGCCGACGAGACGAUCCUUCACAGCAGGGAACACAGCGUGGCGAGCUCGGAGAGCCCAUCGGUAGUACAACCACGAUUCAGCCGGGAGCUGGAGCGCCGUCACAGUGUGCGCUCUGCGGCGGCCAAGGGUACCAAACUCUCUGCGAAUGGACGACGGGUGUUCCAAGGUUCCCAUACGCGGACCUUGUCCUUGCUCUCGCCUACUGUGGGGCCUGUCCCCAAUCUGCCAGGCUCAGAGUUAGGAAAUGGCCAGCCCGACCAGGAUCGCAUGGGCCGUUCUCCACGAGCUGCGACCCUGCCGUCGGCUGAGCGUAGCCCGAUGGUUCUAAGCUCGAAUGAAGAUAUGAUCGCGCAGUGGCGGAAAACGAUGCCUCCCCCGUCGCGGGAGGCGCUGAUGCGCACGGGCAAACAGAUGGCAUCCGAUCUGCGCGAGGGUCUCUGGACCUUCUUGGAAGAUAUCCGACAGGCAACCGUAGGGGAGGAAGGAAUCAACGCCACCGAAUCGAGAGCGGUGCCGUCCCGGAGCUCGACUUCGCGAAGCCGAGACCGGUUGUCGACGCAAGGAGGCAUGUCCUCGCGAUCCGCCUCCUCGUCACGGAGUAAAGGCGCAGGAGCGAAAUUAUCUGGUAAAGACUCUAAAUCGACGGAUAUAGACUCGUCGUUCUGGAGUGAAUUCGGCAUUGAUACAAGUGGGCAGAAGUCCCCGAACGCUCACAGAGCCUCCACUACCCCAAGCGGGCCGAACGCGCAAAACGAGUCCAAUCGUCUCGACAUUGAGGACAACUGGGACGACUGGGAUACUCCCCAACCGAAGAAAAUGCAUACCCCCUCCUCGAGUCAGUCUACGUGGGAAUCGAAGCAAGACCAGUCUCCGAUGACUCCUAGUAGUCCCCGCACAAGUACUAGCUUUGGCGACUGGCGCCCACUCCACGACUCGUUUGUCCCAGAUCCCAGCGUGUCGGAUGGUAUCCCCUGGCCUGCCAUGGCCGACAUGCCGUCCCCGAAAUUGCCGCGCACGGCAACCAACCUCAUGGCCGAAUGGGAGCGCAGUCUGUCGCCCGCGCUGGACUCUCCCACCUUCAAGAAAGCCUAAGUCAGCCACUUUCUUCUUUUGAUUCUUCCCUUCUGGGCCUUCCACUCCAUUCCGGGAUGCUACUGUAAAUAUGGACAUGAACAUGCACGAUCUAGCCUAGUUUUGGCGUGACUGAUAUAUUAGAUCUGGAGCAUGAGACAAUACGGAUAACGCAAGGUUAUGAUUGAUCCCAAUGCCUUUUACGACCAGCGUUCUGUUACUGACGUUCCUUUCAUUUUUCAUUCUUGUCUCUCUUUCACUACUGUUGGUUGCUUUCUUGUACAACUUGUUUGACGAACAGAAGGAAUAUUUGAUAUAAAUACAUGUCAGAAGUAGAAAAUGUGACAAUACAAUAAAAUCUCUUAUCGAUAAA